AGAACAGAAAGAUGAUGCGGUGAAAAGGAAGCAAAAAAAGGGGUAAAAACAGGAUUUCCUACACACUGGUAUGUGCCGCUGCCUACGUUACUAUAUAAUCUCACAGGAGAAAAGUCAUCUUCAGUGAGUCUUACCUCCACAGGACCGCAAACGCUGACAGACGCCCUUCGGACCUCACCCAGGGAGGAAAUAUUACACUAUUUGAGUAACAAUCCCGAGGAGAUUGUGUGAUUCUGGAUGAAACGAAAGUACGCCGCAAUUCCACCAGUCAGUCUGUUGCCUGCCUGUCAUCCCCUGGGUCAGAGAUGACUGCCUCCAAGCCCCUGUUCCUCUCAGCCAUUGUAAUCCUCAGCAUCUCCUCUUAUGUGCUCCACCAGAGGCUCCUACUGCUGGCUCAGACAGGGACCGCUCAUCAACACGAACCCAGGAACCUCACCAUCCUGCUGUGGCACUGGCCCUUCGGCCGUCCCUACAGCCUGGAGGGAGAUGUGUGCAGCGACGAGUACGCUAUCCCAGACUGCCUCCUCAGUGACAACACCUCCCUGUUCCCCCAGGCAGACGUGGUGGUCUUCCACCACCAUGAGCUGAAGACCGGCCGCUCUGCCCUGCCUCUCCACCUCCCCCGGUCAGUCUCCCAGCGCUGGCUCUGGCUGUCCCUUGAGCCCCCGGUGCACAAUGGCAACCUGACCCAGUACAACGGACUGUUCAACUGGACCAUGAGCUACCGAGGCGACGCUGACAUAUCCAUGCCCUAUGGGAAGAUAGUUCCGGUUCCACAUAACGGUAUCAGUAACGGUAGCAGCUAUGUGAUCCCCAAGAAGGGGGCUUGUCUGGCCAGCUGGGUGGUCAGCAACUACAGGCCGGACCAUGCCAGGAGUCAAGUCUACCAGAGCCUGAGGAAGUACAUUCCCAUAGAGGUGUAUGGACACUGGUCAAAGAGGCCACUGACCGACCAAAGUCUGAUACCCACCAUUGGCCACUGUAACUUCUACCUGGCUUUUGAAAACUCAUUGGCAUUGGACUACAUAACUGAGAAGUUGUGGAGGAAUGCCUACCAAGCAGGGGCAGUACCUGUGGUUCUGGGGCCCACUCGGGCUAACUAUGAGGCCCUUGUGCCACCAGGCUCGUUCAUCCAUGUCAGUGACUUCAAUAGCACAGAGGGGCUGGCUGUCUUCCUACAGCAGUUGGCCACAGACAGAGGACGCUAUGAGGGUUACUUCAAGUGGCGUCAGACACAUAGAAUCAAGAUGUACACAGACUGGAGAGAGAGGCUCUGUAAUAUCUGUGUCAACUAUCAAAGACUACCAGGUAACAAGGUGUACUACGAUCUGGAGGCAUGGGCCAGUAGAUAACAUCAUAGAUGCUUUUGCUACUGUAGGUUGUUCAAGAACUUGUACAGUAGCCUGUUUUUCCCCAUGCAAAACAGCAGUCUGCAGUGAAACUUGAAAUGCAUUCAGUGCUUCUGCACCUGCAUUGCUUGCUGUUUGGGGUUUUAGGCUGGGUUUCUGUACAGCACUAGAUAUCAGCUGAUGUAAGAAGGGCUAUAUAAAUUAAUUUGAUUUGAUUUGGUUCAGUUCUGGUGGUGGGCCCCUUUCACAUCAGCUUGAUGACAUUACAACACUGACUUUGGUUCCCUAAUUCAGAAACACCACAGGACAAUCACAACUUCUGUAAAAGAGGGAAGUCAUUCCUCUAACACCCAUCUUUCUGACACAAUACAUUUUUAGUUCAUAUGUUAGAUGCUUUGAUUUAUUAUUAGUAGUAGUAUGUAUUUUUUUUCUGUAUCUAAUCAGGUUGACAAAUGUGGGUGGGCAAGUGGGAGGGAUAGGGAAGGCUCAGGGGACAAACAAGGGAUUUUCGGGAUUCGGAGCGGUUUCACUUUUGUAAAAAUGUAAUGGCACAAGACAAUGUCUUUCCCGGCAGUAAUAUUGAAUCAAUGAAAGCUUACCCUCAAUAUUAUUGUCGGGAAAGACAACAUUGUCUUGUGCCAUUACAAUUGCACCAUGGUCUAGCUAGCCGACACGGUUGUGACAUUUCCUUAUUUCCAUCAUUUUCUUUUUCGUCCUUUUUUAUUUACGUUUUUUAUUCUUGAAGUUUUAAGCAUACAGUAUAGUUCAUACCCUUUCCUUAAGCAUAAUGACUAAUGCAAGUAAGUUGCCAACCUUAGCAUGACUUACUCGAUUUAAGCCCUUGGCUCUUAUGGGGAGAAUAGGCAGUUGAUGAAUGUCCUCCAUCACACUUGGUUCAGGGUUUUUCCAGAUCACACCAAUUGAGGCUGUUCUCUCUCCUUCUGGGUCAACCCCUGUUUCUUUUCCCCUGAAAAAGAAUAGUAAACCAUAAACAAAAUCCCUGUGCCAAUACUCACUCAAUUCCUCUCAGAGAGAUUACUGUGCAUUAAAAGUUCUGCAUGUCACUCAAUUCAAACUACCUCCUCUGUAACCUGAUGUAACUGUAUGACCAAUAGUGAUGCAUAUUAUUGGAUUUCUAGUUCCAAUGAAAGUUACACACACCAACGUUGCAUCUCAAAUGGUACCCUAUUACCUACAUAGUGAAAUUUAUAGGGAAUAGUGUGCCAUUUGGGAUACAGCCGUAGUUUCUGGAGAUGUUGCUUUAUAAAUCUCUAUAUCUAUGGAUUCAGGGAACAAUAAUUGACCACUAUGCACAUAUAGCUCUGGCCACCAGAUGUCAUGAUUGCCUAAAAACUGAAUAACAUAUGGAAACAAUAAAGAUAUGCUUUUUACAUUUCUUCAGUGGUGUAAAGUACUUAAGUAAAAAUACAACUUAACUAGUUUUUUGGGGGGGUAUCUGUACUUUACUAUUUAUAUUUUCAAAAUGGUUUACUUUUACUUCACUAGAUUCCAAAAGAAAUGUACUUUUUACUCCAUACACUUUACCCGACACCCAAAAGUACUUGAAUGCUUAGAAGGACAAGAAAGUGAUCCAGUUCACGCACUUAUCAAGAGAACAUCCCUGGCUAUCCCUACUGCCUCUGAUCUGGCGACUCACUAAACACAAAUGCUUUCCUCUCAAAAUAUCAACAUUUCCUGUCUGUUUCUCCUCACUUUGAAAACAUCUACAGUCCUAUUGAUCUGAUUGGUUACUGAUCUGAUUGGUUACUAAUAAUAUCAUUUAAAACCCCUCAAAUUGUGUCCCAUAUGUGUUUAGACACGGUGACCAUUUAUGUUUGUGAAUUAUAUCUGAGUGUUGGAGUGUGCCCCUGGCUAUCCGUAAAUUAAAAAAACAAGAAAAUUGUGCUGUCUGCUUUGCUUAUGUAUAAUACUGAAAUAUAUUUUGAUACUUAAGUAUAUUUUAGCAAUUACAUUUACUUUUGAUACUUAAGUA